AUGGAACAAACACCAGGCUCACCACCACAACAACAGCAACAACAUCCAAAGUUAUUGACUCAAUCAUCGAUCACUUCAACUUCAUCAAGAAAGCUUACGGACGAGGAUGAGGAUUGUCAUUCAGUUAAACAAAUUGAGGUUCUAAGCAAUCCUCUCAAACAAAGAAAGGAAUCUCAACGAACUCUACAGUCUGAUUGCUCAUCAUCCUCACAAUCAAGCCUUUUUCAACCAAAGUUUUCAAACGUAACCAAACAAACUAGCAAAGCAAGUCUAAAUAACAAGAAACCGAAAAUGAAACGAUCAACUACGGUAACAGGAAGAGGUCUUAUAUCAUCCAAAAGCUUUGUACCAAUAACGCCGAUAGGAGUAAGACCAACAGAACUUGAAAGCAAGAAACCACGCACUCAUUGGAUGCCAAGAGUGUCCUUUCAAUGGGCUUCUAUGUUCAUCAUGUUAUGUAUGGUGGCUUUUUCCUCCAUUUCAAUAUGGACAAUCACCUUCGGCGUGCAUAUUUCCUUGACGCAGAAAGAUCGAAAUGACUCGCUGCUUGACAAUACAUUGUCCACAGGAAGGACCGUACAAGAAAUGCUGAAAAGCCUUUCACGUGAGGCAAAAGACUUACAAACAUCCCUUUCAACAAUUGAUAUUGUUGGACCAUUGCGUUCAUAUUCUCAACUUCGAUCAAUUCAAGCCAUAAUCACACAAAAAACACUAACCCUUGGCGCAUUAGUGGAUGGAAUUUAUGUUUCAUUCUACAAGUCAGGAGAUCUUCUCUCGAUCACCCCUUCAUCAAAAACAGAAUCGUUAUUUUGGUUAGAAAUGUACAUCCAGUCACUAAGUGGAAAAGAAAAUUUCGGAAAAGAAUACUCAGAGGCCGAUCUUUAUUACUGGUUGAGUAAUAGCACUUUUGAGAUGACCCCCAAAUCAUCGAGGAUACACUCCAACAUUGGAACUUCAAGUCUUGAAGCCAUGUGUUAUGAAGCCUCAAGCACACUUGAGCCCAAACUUACAUCACCAUUUGCUUUUGAAUAUUUCAGUUCUGACAAUAUUGGUGCUAUUUCUAUGAAGCUUUCUCUCAACUCAACUGAUUAUGGGUGUGUAGGAAUAUUGUUGAGCAAGAGCUAUUUAGAAUCCCUUCUAAAGCCAUCGUCAACAUUUUCCACUAUUCAGGGAUGUACAGUCUUAAUGAACAAGUCUCCGAUUGCUUCCUACGAUUCGCAGAUUGACACAUCAUUUAUUGAAAGUUAUUCUGGAAAAGUGGCUCGUCUUAAUUUGAACACUAUUUCAACCGCUGACUUUACAGCUCUUAAUAGCUAUGAAAGUGGCAUAUACUGGAAUAUUUUGUGUAAAGGAUCAUCUAUAGAUUGGAAUUAUUUUUAUAUGGCUUUAGUUAUCAUAGCUGUACCCAUUUUAACGUUUUUAUGUGUAGCUUGUGUUUGGCUUUGUUAUAGAUUUGCAUUCUUCAAGCACAUCAAACUUCUGUCACAAGGGUUUUCUGACAUAAGGAAACUAGAUCUCGAAUCUGAUACAGUGAUGAAAGCUUUAGAAUUGAAAUCUUUCUGCUCAGAAAUCAUAGAAAUACGCAAUAACUUCAGAGAUAUUCACACGAACAUAUCAUCAUUUACGAAAUAUGUACCAGUAUGCGUGUCGCAAGAAGUUAUUCAGAACAAGAAAACAGCUGUUCUAGGACUGGAAGACAUUCUAUGUGUAGUUUCUUUUCUGGACAUCAAAGAUUUUACUUCAUACAGUGAAAAGCUAACACCUAAUCAGCUUGUUCGAGUAAUGAGCGAUGCUUUUGAAGGAUUGUCAAACUUGGUUGUUGAUGGAGGAGCAGUACUUGACAAGUACAUUGGAGAUUGUGUAAUGUCAUUUUAUGAAUGUGGUACUGGAGGCAUGCAAAAUCAAAUGAAGACAGCUUGUCAAGUUGCCAUUGCUAGUGUACGAUUUCUGAAAUCCAUGUGGAAAAUAUGGCGUCAGGAGGGUUUGCCUUUAUUAGAAUGUAGAAUAGGUUUGAAUUGUGGACCUGUUAAGAGAGGAAACUUUGGAAGCAAUAAUCGAUUCCAAUACACAAUUUUGGGUGAUGUUGUCAACACAACUUCUCGGCUAGAAGGACUAAACAAGCGAUACGGUACAGAAAUACUUGUCUCGGAUCCAAUUUACCAAACUGUCAGCCAGUUCCAAAUGUUCGAAAUUGAAGGAAGAGCUCUUCAAGUCACAAAGAGCGAGCAGCGCCAAUUUGGAUUGUUUAAGAGCCUGAACUAUGCUGAUAUCACUUUGGAUGAGAUGAUUUUUAGGAGAGUUGACAAUGUUGCAGUCAAAGGCAAAGAUUCAUUCAUUCCCAUUUAUUCACUGGUUGAUAGAUGUGAUAUUCCUGCAAAACAGGCAGAGGUUUUCUUUGAACAUGACUUGCCAAUCUAUAACCAAGGAAUACACCUUCUACUGGAUAAGCUUGAUGUGAGAGGAGCUCUAGCAAAGUUUGAAGAAAUUAGUUGGAAAGACAACUUGGUAAGUCAGAAAAUCCAGUUUUGCAAAGAUUUGUUGCAAAGGAGUGAGUCCGAGUGGACUGGGUUGCUCAAACUAGAUGAAAAAUGA